GAUGCAAGUUGUAGUGUCGUAAGUGUAGGUUAGCGUAUAAGCGUAUAGUGUAAGCGUUAGAUGUAAGUAUAUGUAUGUAUGUAUUAGACUAAGAAUAAAGAGUCAGUCGAUAAAUAGCACUCGAACGAGCAACACCUAACUCCAUAAUAGUUGGCGACGAGGAAAAAGCAAACGAAAAGUCAAAUAUUAGUCAUGUCGUUAAUCGGAGAAAUUGAACCAUUUGUCAUGGGCGAAAGCAUCAGGGAGUACUUGGAACGUAUUGAUAUUUUUUUCCAAGUUAACGAGGUGGAAGAUUCAAAGAAAACAGUGAUGUUGUUAACGUUGGGAGGAGCAUCGCUGUAUAGCCUCAUAUCAAAGAUGGUGUUGCCUGAACAGCCAAAGACGCUAAACUACGAGAAGCUGUGCAUUAAGCUGCAAGAGCAAUUGGAACAGAAAGUCAACGUAGUGGCGGAACGGUUCAACUUUAGAAACUGUCUACAAAAAGAUAGUUCUGUUGCGGAGUACAUCGUGGAACUGAAAUCGCUCGCACAAUCGUGUAAAUUCACGUGCUGUCUAAAGGAAAGCUUGCGAGAUCAAUUAGUAGUUGGUGUCCGAGAUGAAGGACUAAGGAAACGUCUUCUUCGAGAGUCCGAGUUAACAUUCGAGAGUGCAGAAAAUAUCGCCAGAACAUGGGAAGCUGCGGAUGAACAAAACGAAACAUUUACAUCGAAAGAGAAACCGAGGGAAAUGGCGGUGAUUAAGUGUGCGCCAAAACGAAGCGUCGGUCCAAAAGUGCACUACCACCGUGGGAACAGUACACCUUUACAUCAACAGAGCUACACGCAUAAGCAGGAGAGCAAGCAGCAGCAGCAGCAGCAGCAGCAGCAGCAGCAGCAGCAGCAGCAGUGUUACAGAUGUGGAAGAUCGCAUAAUCCACAGACAUGUCCUGCGCGUAUGUGGCAGUGUUUCAACUGUAAGAAGUAUGGUCAUGUGUCGUCGUGUUGCCGAAGUACGAACGUGCAUAGUUUGCGAGCGGAACCGAAGGAUGUGUCGCUAACACGCAUAUUAGAAGAGAAUACGAUCAGUAAUCCAGAAGUGUGCGUUUUAAAUAUCAACGGUGUAGACAUUGCGUUUGAGAUAGACUGUGGUGCGUGUAAUACGGUAAUACCGGAGAGUGUGUAUCGGAAAGAGUUUGCUAAUGUCGAAUUAGAACAAACACAUUUGCGUUUUAUUACGGCAUCGGGUCAACGUCUGACACCGUUAGGAAAAAUAUGCGUAAACGUAGCGAUAAAAAGUAAGACGGUCCGUCUAGAAGUCAACGUAAUUAAAACAGAAAAUAACGGUAAUCCUUUACUAGGUCGUGAUGCGUUGGAUAUAUUAUUUCCGGAUUGGCGAAAAGGUUUUAAAUUAAAUCAAAUCGAAGCGGACAAAUGGCUUGGAGACAUGAAAAAAAUGUUUCCGAAUCUAACAAACGGAAAUAACAAGGAAACGAUAGAAGGGUUUGAAGCCAGUUUAGUGUUAAAACCUAAUUUUACCCCAAUUUUCCAUAAAGCGUAUUCAGUGCCGUUCGCAUUAAUAGAAAAAGUUGAAGCCAACCUAGAUAAAUUAGUGAAUGACGGUAUACUAGUACCAAUACGUACAUCAGCGUGGGCGAGCCCUAUAGUGGUUGUAGGAAAAAGUGAUGGCUCAGUACGUAUCUGUUUGGAUGGAAAAGCUACGAUAAAUAAAUAUCUUACGGUAGAACAUUACCCAUUACCGAGGAUUGAUGAUAUUUUGGCGAAAAUUGCAAAUUGGACAGUUUUUUGCAAAAUAGACCUAACAGGAGCGUACUUGCAAGUAAAGUUAUCAGAAAAUUCGCAAAAUAUUUGUACUAUAAAUACGCAUAAAGGGCUAUACAAGUACACUAGAAUGCCAUUUGGAGUACAGUCUGCGCCUGCAAUAUUUCAAACAAUAGUAGAUCAAAUAUUGUUAAAGACUAAAGGCAUUGCGUAUAUGGACGACAUACUCGUUGGCGGAGAAAAUGAAAAACAAUGCAUGGAGAAUGUAUGCGAAGUUUUAAAAAGGCUGGAAUUGCAUAAAGUAAAGAUAAACGAAAAGAAGUCGGAAUUUUUUAAAACAGAAAUAGAGUACCUAGGCUACAAAAUAUCAAAGAACGGAAUAACACCAAAUGAGUCAAAAGUAAAAGCGAUUAUUGAAGCACCGGUACCAUCAGAUGUGAUGCAAUUACAAGCGUAUCUAGGCAUGAUAAAUUAUUACAGCAGGUUUUUGCCAAAUCUAGCAACAAUAUUGAGUCCGAUGUAUGAACUUCUACGCAAAGACAAAAAAUAUGUAUGGUCAAAGGAAUGUCAGGAAUCAUUCGAAAAAGCGAAAUCAAUGUUAGUAGAUAACAACGUUUUAGUACCAUUUGAUCCUAAAAAACCUGUUAUUUUAGCAGUAGAUGCAAGUCCUUACGGUUUAGGUGCAGUUUUGUCUCAUGAAAUUGGAGGGGUAGAAAAACCUAUAUAUUUUGCUUCAACAACUCUUUCUCAAGCACAGAGAAAUUACGCACAGGUUCAUAAGGAAGCAUUAGCCGUUGUUUUCGGUGUCCAAAAGUUUCAUAAAUACAUUUACGGAAUCAAAUUCAAACUGGUAACAGAUAACUCAGGCGUCAAAGAAAUAUUCAAACCGUCAAGAACAACUUCGUCUAUAGCAGUAGCUAGGCUGAGCCGAUGGGCAUUGUUAUUAGCCAAUUAUGAAUAUGUGAUAGAGCAUAGGCCAGGGAAAUGUAUGGGUCACGUGGAUGGGUUAAGUAGAUUACCUUUGGCAGAAAUUUUAGAGAUAGAUGAGGAGUUCACACAAUUAAAUGCGAUUUCGUCUUCCUCAAUUAUCGAUAUUGAGUUGGUCAAACAAUUCCAAAAGUCAGAUAGUAUUUUGCAAAAAGUCUACAAAAAUGUUAAGUAUGGAUGGUCGAACAAUGUGAAAUGGGAGUUGAAAGAUUAUGCUAAAGUUAGUAACAGUUUAGCAAUAGAAGAUGGAGUAUUAUUUUUUAACGAUCGAGUAGUAAUACCAGAUAAGCUGAAAGAUAAAAUAGUCAGUCUAUUCCAUGAAAACCAUGAUGGUUUGGUAAGAAUGAAAAUGUCAGCUAGGAAACUCGUGUGGUGGAAAAAUAUGGAUAGAGAUUUUGAGCAGUAUAUAAAAGCAUGUCAAGUCUGUCAGUGUAGACAAAUCGUACCAAAAGAAAUAGUCGCAACCAAAUGGUUGCAAUGUACGCGUCCGUUUCAAAGAGUGCAUAUAGAUUUUUUCUUUUUUGAAAAUAGUACGUUAUUUAUAAUAGUCGAUAGUUUUUCCAAGUUCAUGGAAGUAAAAAUUAUGAAAAGUACUAAGGCAGAAAAUGUUAUAGAGAUGCUAGAAAUAUUUUUUGCAUAUUUUGGGUUACCAGAGGAAAUCGUGUCAGAUAAUGGUCCUCCAUUUAGUUCAGAAAAGUUUUUGUCGUUCUUAAGAGCAAAAGGUAUAAAAGUGAGUAAGUCCCCGCCGUACCACCCACAGUCAAACGGGUUGGCCGAGAGAGCGGUUAGGACAGUAAAAGAUAGUCUAAAAAAGUAUUUGUUGGAUACAAGAUUAAAACCAUUAAGUCUACAAAGGAAGCUGAAUCACUUUCUAAUCAGUUAUAGAAAUAGUCCAUGUACUGUAACUAAAGUCACGCCGUCGGAGAGAGUAUUUUGCUACGUACCACACACAUUAAUAACAAAAGUAAAUCCUAUAAAAGGACACGAAAGACAAAUCUUAACUAAGGUAGAAUCAAGAAGGCAAGUUCCAAUGAUAACAAAUCAUGAUCAGUAUGAAGAAGAGGAAGAAGUGUAUUACAAAAAUCACUUUAAGGAACAUAUGAGAUGGAUUCCAGCAAUAGUCAAAAAGAAAAUAAGUGGUCUAAGAUACUUAAUAAGUCUGAAUGGAGUAAUACGCAUGGUGCAUAAAAACCAAAUAAGGAAAAAGGAUAGUAGGAUGAGUAAGAAUGUAAUUGUAGUACCAACAAAUGUAAAUAUUUCACAUAAAAGGAAAAGGAGUGAAUCAAGUCCUCCACCGUUAAGACGAUCGAAAAGACUGGAAGGACAACCAAGAUUAAAGUAUCCUAGAUAGAAAGUAAACUUCGUUUAAGGGGGAGAAUGUAGUGUCGUAAGUGUAGGUUAGCGUAUAAGCGUAUAGUGUAAGCGUUAGAUGUAAGUAUAUGUAUGUAUGUAUUAGACUAAGAAUAAAGAGUCAGUCGAUAAAUAGCACUCGAA